AUGGCCGAUUCCUUGACUGAAGAGCAAGUGUCCGAGUACAAGGAGGCGUUCUCCCUCUUCGACAAGGAUGGCGAUGGACAAAUCACCACCAAGGAGCUGGGCACUGUCAUGCGCUCUCUCGGCCAGAACCCCUCCGAGUCUGAGCUGCAGGACAUGAUCAAUGAGGUUGACGCUGAUAACAACGGCACCAUCGAUUUUCCCGAGUUCCUUACCAUGAUGGCCCGUAAGAUGAAGGAUACCGACUCAGAGGAGGAGAUUCGGGAGGCAUUCAAGGUGUUCGACCGUGACAACAACGGCUUCAUCUCUGCUGCUGAGCUGCGCCAUGUCAUGACCUCCAUCGGUGAGAAGCUAACCGACGAUGAGGUUGAUGAGAUGAUCCGCGAAGCGGACCAGGAUGGCGAUGGCCGUAUCGACUACAACGAGUUCGUCCAGCUCAUGAUGCAAAAAUAA